AUGGGUGAGCUUGUAAAUGCUGCAAGAACAUUAGGUGAAACGGGAAAUUUUGUAGAUGGUUUUAAAAGACUUGUUUCAAAUGUUUUAACAAACACAAAGAAAUUAUUUAGAUAUACCGUACAUAACGGACGGAUUUUCGAACAGAUAGCAACAAACCCUCCGGUUAUGGCUGCGUUGAUGAUGGUUAGAGAUAUAAAACCACGUAACGACGGGAACGAAGAACAUGAACAACAGGAUACUGGUCGGGUUAUUCGAGACAUUAAAAACGUGUAUCCUGAAGUUAUUGAUUUAUUUAGAGGAGUUAAUGAUUCAAUUUCAAAACAUUCUAUAACCCUCGAUGAAGAGAAUAAAUUAACAGAUUAUAUAUUCGUCAUUAUUGCAGAAUUAAUGCAGAGAAUAAAUGAAAAAGGAAUUGGUGAUAUCAUUAAUGUCAGCGAUGUAAUGAUGAAAAGAAAUUUUGACUCAUUAUUUACAAAACCGAAAACAGAAUAUAGUCUUUAUGACGUAAUUACCGAAUUAAUGAAAAAGAUUAAUGAUAAUAAGAGUUCUGGCGGAAGAGUUGAAUUAGAAGUGAAUGAUGUUAAUGAGAAAUUAGCCGAAAAAGCAGACAAAAAUGAGCUUUUAGCUCUGAGUGAUAAAGUCAAGAACCACGUUCAUUAUAUAACUUCAGACGAACAGAUUAUAACGGACUACCAUGGAUAUUUAACACGAAGUGAUGAAGCGAAGACAAAAAAUGUUAAUGAAAGAAGAUAUAAAUACAUUCGUGCUAAAGGUUAUGACAUAAGCUGUACUGUACAGUAUGACACAGGUAAAGCACAAGAAGCAUUUAGUUAUAACGAUGAAAUUUAUGCCUCUACUUUCAAUGUUAACGGUGUAUUAGUUGAACCAAGAUUUACUUUGAGAGUUAAGUCAAAAAUAACGUUUGAAGAUGCUAUUAAAAGUAAAGCUGACAAAGUUGAACUUGAAGCAAUGAACAAAGUUUUGAAAUCUCAUAAACACAACAUCUCCGAUAUAAAUGAACUUCAAGCUACAUUAGACAGUAAAGCCGACAAGAACCAUACACAUAAAUCCUUCACUACUGUUAGAGCAGACGACAUAAUAUUGA